AUGUCUGUCUUCUAUUGUGGACUGUGGACUUCUAUUCUGUGCUCGGCUUUCAGCGUGUGGACUCUGGCUGGAGGUAAGGUUCUGGUGAUUGGUUCAAAUCUUCCAAUCGUUGCUGCUCCGGGUGAUGAUGUCAUCCUGCCGUGUCACCUGGAGCCCAUGUUCGAUGUCCAGGGUCUGACGGUGGAGUGGUCCAAACCCGACCUGAAGCCCGACCCGUCGGACCGGCUGAGCCGAGUGGAGUACGUUCACCUGUACAGGGACAGGAAGGAGGUCCCCGACAUGAAGAUGGCCUCGUACUUCAGGAGGACGGAGCUGUUCAUGGACGACAUGAAACACGGGAACAUUUCACUGAAGAUCCUGAACGUGUCGGAGGAAGACAACGGCAGAUACAGAUGUUUCAUCCCCAAGCUGCAGAGCAGAGUGAAAGCUGCUGUUGUUGAACUUGUAGUCGAUCCAAACCACGUUAAAACCUCAACGACAGAGACGUCGCUCCAAACGCAAGAUCAUCAGGACAAAACUCUAAGAAACGGGUCUCUGUGGUCAUCAUUGUCAUCGCCUUCAUGUCCGUUGCUGCUGUCGCUGCUUUCUUUGCAUAAUUCUAUUAGUGCAUUUUUUUAGACAUUAAAAGUAAGAAACAA